CUUUAAUAUUGUUUCGUUUUACCGUUUUACUCUUUAGUCUGUAUUACACGGUCUACUCUCAAGCCAAAAUGAACGGAAAUAACAUUUAUAUUGAAGACGACGGGAAACCUAUGCUUCACAGCGGGUCAUUCCCAGAGAAAAAUGCGGAGAAUAAAUCAAUCACGCUGAUAUUUUCACCUCAGAUCGAAGGUGUCGGGACAUUAGCAGAAGCCUUGAAGCUAUUCAAGGAGUUCAAUGUGAACUUGUUACACAUCGAGUCCCGGUCGUCGGUCAGGAUUCCGAAUCAUUAUGAAUUCUACGUGGAAUGUGCGUCAGGAGGUGAUAUCAACGGGGCAGUUGAGGUGCUGAAGAAGACCAUGGCCUAUGUCUCGGUGGUGUCCACUGAAGCCGAUGGCGGGAAAUCUGACCUAGAAUACAUCCCGUGGUUUCCGCAAAGGAUCAGGGACCUGGACAAGUACGCCAAUAAGAUCCUGUCGUACGGCUCAGAGUUGAAGUCCGACCACCCCGGGUUCACCGAUGAGGUGUACAGGACUAGGAGGAAGUAUUUUGCUGACAUAGCGUUCCAUUACAGGCACGACGACCCUCUGCCCCGCAUUGAGUACACACCAGCAGAAAUAAAGACGUGGGGAACCGUAUUUAAAGAACUUGUCAAGUUAUAUCCAACGCACGCGUGCAAGGAAUACAACCACGUGUUCCCAUUACUAAUCGAGAACUGCGGUUUUAGAGAAGAUAAUAUACCUCAGCUUCAAGAUAUUUCUAACUUUUUAAAAGACAGUACGGGUUUUACUCUGAGGCCUGUGGCGGGUUUGCUUUCGUCUAGGGACUUUUUGGCCGGGUUGGCUUUCAGGGUGUUUCAUUCCACACAGUACAUAAGACAUCACAGCCGACCCCUGUACACUCCCGAACCGGAUGUGUGUCACGAACUUUUGGGUCACGUGCCGUUAUUUGCUGAUCCAGAGUUUGCGCAGUUUUCUCAAGAAAUUGGAUUGGCAUCGCUUGGCGCACCCGACGACUACGUAAAAAAAUUAGCCACGUGUUAUUGGUUCACCGUCGAAUUCGGUUUGUGCCGUCAAAACGGUAAUAUUAAAGCUUAUGGGGCCGGACUGCUAUCGUCGUUCGGUGAACUCGAGUACUGUCUGUCGGAAAAGCCACAGCUGAAACCCUUCGACCCCGAGGUGACCGGCAACCAAGAGUAUCCGAUUACCCAGUACCAGCCUUUGUAUUUCGUGGCCGAGAGUUUCGAGGACGUCAAGUACAAGAUGAUACAAUUUUCCAAGACGAUACCCAGAAAAUUCGGAGUCCGUUACGAUCCAUACACGCAAAGUGUACAGAUUUUGGAUUCAAAACUGCAAAUCCAAGAUCUGGUGAAAAACAUCAACAGCGAACUUCAGAUACUGUGUUUCACGCUGAGCAAAAUUAUUUAAACUGCCAUUAUUUUAUUAUAUAAAUAUUUAUAUCAUAUCAGUAUAA